AUGUUCCGCCCCGUCGGGUUGGGCUCCGGCUAUGCUGCACCUGCAAGCUCGUCGUCAUCGAAGAAUUCUCUUUUUGAACGUGCAAAUCCUCUGAGCCUUCUAGCUAACCUUCCGCAUAGUAGUGCGAGACAUGAAAACCGAGAAGACUUUCACGAUCAGAUUGGAUCGAAUUCACCUACACCGUCUGGUGUAGAGACGCCGCGUCCAGAUCUCCACGACAAACGGCUGCCGGGUAUAAUACACGGUUAUUUUGGCCAGGUGGGUAGAGAUCCUUCUCAGCAUGCACCGUCACGGGCAUCUCAAGCUGCCGCGAACCCUGAACAUGAAUCCGAACAACUUAAAACAGAAUGUCAGAGCAGGCGAGGUUCGUCGGCUUCGCUGGGCUCUAUGGUGAUUGUGGAACGAGAACAAGCUUCCAUUCCAACACCACCACCAGAAGAGCUACAUGAUGAGUCUGCACCACCCGUCACGGACGGGGGCCCUUCUCAGUUACCACCUACGCCAAUCUCAUCUGCCGCUUCCGUGGUGCAUAGAGAUGGCGAAGUGGCAGAGAAUGGCGGGUCCCUACUGGAUGGUGGCAUAUCCUCCAUCACGCAGGCCUUGAGGAAUUUUGUACUCCCCAAGUCUGUAUCAAGCGUGAAGGAUCGCCGCCACCAAUCCUUACCCGUCUCAGGUGUUACUAAAAGCACCGUUGCAGCCGCACAUAUUUCAAACCCUGCAUCAUCCACGAAUUCUUCGAGACCACAGAGCCCCAAGUCUCCUUCUCCAAGUCAUGCUAAGCUACCAUCGUCUGCAAUUUCAAAAGGGUCAGAUGAGCUAACUUCCAACGUGGCCGAUGUGCCGCGUGAAAAGAGCACCCCUCCUCAUACCCCUCGAGCCCUGUCCCAAGAAGAUCAUCGACGGGCUGAUACUCGGUCGCCACUUUCGAGCACGAGUACCACCGUCAGUGAAGGAAAUUCCCAAGUCGAGAAACGUUCUCCAGUCAAAGAUGAAAUACCCAACAGUACGCCACGGGGCAAACUUUCCAUCAAGAUUGCCGAGGGUCGGGACUUGAAGCCGUCAUUCGAUCCCUAUGUAGUCUGUCAAUUUGAAUGGAAUGAAUAUGUCUCCAAAGGACCCAGACAUGACAAGAUGGAUGUUGACGUCGAUGACCGGAAAGGCCCGGUUGGUCAGUUACAGUCAGUCCGGAGAACCGACAGUGACAUGGGGAAGCCAAUGGCUAUUCCCAUGAGAAGUCGCCAAAGCAGCACAAACGGAGAUGGCAGAGUCACUGACCCCCAGUGGGACCACGAGGCCAUCUUCGACGUCGUGAGCGACCAGUCGGAAUUGGAUGUGACCGUCUAUGAUCGUCACGCAGAAACAUUCCUGGGCCAUAUUAGAUUGUGCCUAAAGCUGACAGAACAAAAUCCUACACUGGAAGGUUUCUUCAAACUGGAACCUCGAACCCCAGAUGAUCACGAUAUCACAGGCGAAGUUCACAUCAGGAUGCACUUCUCUCCAGUCGAGAAGAAACAUGUCGGCCCAAAUGAUUUUCAGAUUCUCAAGCUGAUCGGGAAGGGCACCUUUGGGCAAGUUUAUCAAGUCCGGAAGAAGGACACUGGCCGCAUUUACGCUAUGAAAGUCCUGUCAAAAAAGGUCAUUAUUCAGAAGAAGGAGAUUCAGCACACGAUUGGAGAACGAAACAUACUGGUGCGGACGGCAACCACGGAGUCUCCCUUUAUCGUGGGUCUCAAAUUCUCGUUCCAGACCCCGACCGAUCUUUAUUUGGUUACCGACUUCAUGUCGGGGGGGGAGUUAUUCUGGCAUCUCCAAAAGGAAGGUCGAUUCAAAGAAGACCGCGCCAAAUUCUAUAUCGCCGAGCUUAUCCUUGCUCUCAAGCAUCUCCAUCAAUCCGACAUUGUCUACCGAGAUCUCAAGCCCGAGAAUAUCCUUCUUGACGCGAAUGGCCAUAUUGCUCUGUGUGACUUUGGUCUCUCCAAGGCCAACUUGGCACAGGACGACACUACCAAUACCUUCUGCGGAACAACCGAGUAUCUCGCUCCGGAGGUGUUGCUUGACGAGCAGGGCUACACUAAGAUGGUGGACUUUUGGUCUCUCGGUGUCCUGGUGUUUGAAAUGUGCUGUGGAUGGAGCCCAUUCUAUGCCGAAGACACCCAGCAAAUGUACAAAAACAUUGCAUUCGGUAAGGUGCGGUUCCCGAGAGACGCUUUGAGCACCGAGGGUCGAAACUUCGUCAAGGGACUGCUGAACCGCAAUCCUAAGCACCGACUUGGUGCCCAUGGAGAUGCGGAGGAGCUGAUGCAGCAUCCCUUCUUUGCGGACAUUGACUGGGAUGCGCUUGGCAAGAAAAAUCUCGUGCCUCCGUUCAAGCCCAAAUUGACGUCGAUCGCUGAUACUUCCAACUUUGAUCCCGAAUUCACCAACGCUCUCAAUACCUCAUCAUCUCUGAAUGCUCGGGCGGCCGCCUUGGCUGCUGGCGCCGCACCAGCAUCGACGCCGUUAUCGCCCACGAUGCAGAAUGCCUUCCAAGGGUUCACCUUUGUGGAUGAAAGCACCAUGGAACAACAAUUUGGUGGGGCACGAGAUGCCGAAGACCAUCGGGUCGAUGACAAUUUCCUCGCUCGGACGAGAACGCUUGAGCAUCGAAUGAGCGGUGUACAGAAGACGGGUGAGGACGGCUUCUUUUUCGAGGAAUGA